GCGAGAAAGGCAAGCCGGGCCUGUACGCCUCUUCUGCCCCGGGCCCGGAAGGGUGAUGUGGCUGGGGUUUCGCCGGCCUCACUAUGUCUGCCAUUUUCAAUUUUCAGAGUCUGUUGACUGUAAUCUUGCUGCUUAUAUGUACCUGUGCUUAUAUCCAAUCCUUGGCACCCAGCCUCCUGGACAGAAAUAAAACUGGGUUGUUGGGUAUAUUUUGGAAGUGUGCCAGAAUUGGUGAACGGAAGAGUCCUUAUGUUGCAGUAUGCUGUAUUGUGAUGGCCUUCAGCAUCCUCUUCAUACAGUAGCUUGGAAAAAUGCCAGAAUUCAGUUGCAAUCAGAUUUAAAUAUGAA